UUUAUAAUGUCUGAUGUUCAUACAGUAUGCGAUAUUGAUAAUACCUUUUAUAAAAUUAUAGAAGGCAGGCCGUUGAGACGUGGUGAUGAUAUAAAAGUAUAUAUGUCCAACAUAAGAGAUAUAUUUUUGUUUAAAGCAAACGCAGCAUUCAUUCUAGAUCAAAUUAUACAAAUAGAUACAUCAUAUUCCUUUGAAAAGAGCGAAUAUGCUAAGAUCUCUGAAUUAUUUGCACAAUGCAAAAGUUCAUUCGUACAAUUUGCUAAGUUAAAUUAUCACAAAUCUAAAAAGUACCAAUUACUGGCGGAAGUGAAAGCACUUGAAUUAGAAAGAAAGUCAGAAGAACUAGAUAUUCUUUGUGAUAAAUAUGUUAAACUAAGAAAUAGAUUAUCCAACCUAACUGCAACAUUUGAAAACUUGUCACGUUAUCGUCAGUUUCUCAACCGACUGACUCCAAUAUGGUCGAAAACGCAAAAUUUAGAUUGUAAACCAGAUAUUUCUACGGCGACGAUAAAUUCUACGUUAUUGACCCAAAUAUCUUUCAGAUCCGGUGGAUCAUUUGACAUAAGCAAUUUGGAACAUCUAAAGGUAGAAUCGCGCCCAUAUUUCGUUGAACCCAUACAACUAUUAGAUAUUCUCGAGGAUAACAGGAAACAAUGCCUUAAUUAUUUAAAUAUUGCAGCUGUUUCAGCGAAUAUUAUUUCGUCAGUUUUAAAGGGCAGAGAUUCUGUCAAAGCUCAAGUAGAAGACGAUGCUAAAGAACUUCAAAACUAUGUUGAUAUAUGUAAUAAUUUAAUUCGCUUCGAGGAAGAAAAGGAAGCAUCGUAUAAAGUUAUUUUUGAAAGAAUACUUUUUAAUGAAUUCCAUGAGUUGUUCGCGUCCUUUGAGGCAAGCAAACUUUUUACGUGCGUUCAAUAUGUCAACACAAAAAUAUUUGGGGAUAUGGAAGAUCCAAAAGAUAAUCUUACAUCAUUAAUGGCAAACCUGGAAAGACUUUAUAUGGAUCUGUCAUUGAAUUUGGACUAUUUAGACGUUGAAAUUGUUAAAAAAGCAACCAACCAAGCAUUUAGUGAAGACAAAGAAAAAAUGAGAAACGCGUUCAAAGCUCAGAGAAUCAUCAAAGAAAGUGAUAUACUUAGAAAAUCGUUGUAUGCUAGUUUUGAACCAUCGCGUGGCUAUAAAAAGCAGGAUGCAAAGAAGACUGUGUAA